UCACCAUGAACGCUGUCCUGACGGUGACACUUUGCUUGUGUGCACUGGCAUCCUUCUCAAGUGGGGUCACAGUCAAGGUGGGCGACUUCUCAUUCUCUUUGGCAUCAGUGAAGCAAUUGAAGAACCUCCUGGAGGAGAUCCCCAAGGCUAAGAUCGCACGCAUGAGCAGUGAUGUCUUGCUGUCUGUGUGUGAGAACGCGAUGCUGCCUGCAGAGUUUAAACCUCUCUGUGCUAGCCCCAGAGCCGCUGCUCUGCUCCAAGAACUAGAACCCAUCACCCAAAAUCCAGAGAUCUGUGAGGCCUGUGGUAACAUCGCCUGUUCCGGAUGCUAAUGAAAGA